AUGACAAAGCCUGCUUGGACAAGUAUUGAGGGGAGCUUUACUGCAAAGACUGGGAGGGUUUAUACGAAAAUCCAAUUAAAGAACAAAUUUGAUACCUUGCGAAAGGAGUGGCAGUUAUGGGAUAGGCUGCUCCGUGAGACAGGUUUAGGGUGGGAUGCUGAAAGGAAUACUGAAGUUCCAUGCUAUGAGAAAUUUAGAGAAAGAGGGCUUCAAUUUCGGGCUGAAUUGACUCAACUCUUUGGAUCUGUAGCUGCGACUGGACCACAUUCAUGGACACCUUCUUCCAUGACGCUUCCAAGCGAAGGAGUUCCCGAAAAUGAUAUGGAAGAAGGGUCUGGAGAUAGUGAUGAAAUAUUGGGGGCACCAACUGGGAUAAGCGGAGAGUUUAAUUCGGUCACAUUCAAUGACAAUAGUGGAGGAAGUGGAGGCAACACUGGGAUGAGACGGGAAAACAGUCGUGGGGGUAGAAGCACAGCCCGGUGGUCAAUACUGGCCCUUUUUCAAACAUGCUAUUGGAGCAAUUGA